AUGUCUGUGAUAGAGGAUUCAGAGAAACAUAGCUGUUGUUCUUCAGUAUUUGCUUGUGUGUUUCUAACUUUUUGUUAUGUCGCGAGCUUGUAUGUAUGGGGAUCUAAAUUAAAUAGAGAUCAUCCUUCAGUAAUCAAAAGAAGAUUCUUCAGUGUUACCUGCAUAAUGCUAUUAGCGCCAUUCUACACCAACUAUUUCUUAUAUGAGGAAACUUUAUCCAGAGGAGAUCUUUUAGAACAAUUAGGAAUACGUACUUCGGGCUUAUUUGCAGCGUCUAUUGUUCCAUUAUUUUUAACAGUCAUUUUGUUUUUGGGACCAUUGACCAUGCAUUUUCUAUCUGGCACUUGGAAGCUAUAUGCAGAACCUUUAUAUUGGAUAUCGAGUUGGCAAGAUUUAAUGUGGGUGCGCAAUCACUUCAUGGCCCCCCUAAGUGAGGAAUGGGUAUUCCGAGCAUGCAUGAUACCUCUGUUACUACAAUGUCUGAAGCCAAUGAGUGCUGUAUUCAUGGGACCUUUACUCUUCGGUAUAGCACAUUUCCAUCAUAUGUUUGAAAGAAUGAAAACUGGUUUUAAUUUACAAACAGCACUCAUGAUUUCAUCAUUCCAAUUUACAUACACUAGUCUAUUUGGGGCUUAUUCUGCAUAUCUAUUUGUGAGGACAGGUCAUUUAGUGGCGCCAUUACUGGCUCACAUGUUCUGUAACCACAUGGGUUUCCCAAACUUUGGAGAAGUGACUCAGUACCCCCCAAUGCAUAGAGUAUUAAUUAUUUGUAGUUUUCUAUUGGGUUUUUCUUUAUGGUGCAUGCUUCUCUCACCAUUGACUGAUCCCGACAUAUAUGAUAACCGAUUACAUUGGGAGACAUGA